GUAUUUUGUAUGUUUUGUAUUAUAAAUAAUUAAAUUAUACUGUCUAUAAGGCUACGGCCAUACUUACAGAUAUUGUGUAACGUGGAUAUCUUCUCGUGUAACUCCAAAUUUUUUAUAUAUCAAGCUCGCCUUCUCAAUUUAUUUUGCUAUUUUUCCUUGGUCAUCUAACGAUGGAAGCAUUUGCUAAUUCUACCUUGACUGACAUCACUCAGUUAAAUUGGCUCGAAACAAGAUGGGAGCAAAUGUAUGAGGGUCGUAAUCCUCUCAUCGUUACUGGUGUGUUUGCCUUCUUGAUGCACGAAAUUGUUUAUUUUGGUCGCUUCAUUCCUUUCUUAAUCUGCGACUUCAUUCCUUAUUUCCAAAAAUACAAAUUACAAGAGGCUAAAGUAAAUACGUCUGAAGAUUAUUGGAAUUGUACCAAAAAGGUGCUCUACUCUCAUUUUAUCUUUGAAGCUCCAUUGAUCUUUUUCUUCCAUCCUAUGGCAACCUUUUUGGGUAUGAGAGUAUCUGCACCUUUCCCUGCUUGGCAACAAAUGUUACCUCAAAUUGCCAUUUUCUUUAUCUUUGAAGACUUUUAUCAUUAUCACAUGCAUCGCUUCAUGCACUGGCCACCAUUUUACAAGAAAGUACACAAGAUUCAUCAUGAGUAUGCUGCACCAUUUGGGAUUGCCGCUGAAUAUGCUCAUCCUAUAGAAACGAUGAUUUUGGGCUUUGGUACCAUUGGUGGUCCACUUAUCUAUCACGCAUUUGCUUCCUACAUCUUUGAUUUAGGGCCCAAGUGGGACCUUCACUUAGUUACCAUGCUCUUCUGGAUUGUUCUCAGACUCUUCCAGGCUAUUGAUGCUCACUCAGGUUAUGAUUUCCCUUGGUCCCUUUGCCAUUGGGUUCCUUUCUGGGCUGGUGCUGAACAUCAUGACUAUCAUCAUCAAGCGUUCAUCGGAAACUAUGCUUCUUCAUUCAGAUGGUGGGAUUAUAUUUUUGGAACAGAUGUCAAGUAUCGCGCUUAUCGCAAACGUCAAGCAGAAGAACGCCGUAAAUUAAAGACAAAUUAG